AUGGCUAAAACACUCAAAAAGUAUCUGACACACUAUCGUAAUAACGACAAAAUGGCGGAACAAACGACCGGCCGACAGCUGCAACGGAUCCUUCACUACUCGGUCACACCGUGCCGGCCCAUGCUGGGCCUUCGACGAUCCGAAUGUGCAUUAUAUGACGUUGACUGUGAUGAAGUUUACCCCAGGCUGUACAUCGGCGAUGCCAACUCAGCUAAGAACAAACAGUAUUUACGGUUGAUCGGUGUAACGCACGUUCUGAACACGGCGGAAGGAACUCGUUUCGGCCAGGUUGACACGGGACACAGUUACUAUCGCGAUAUGUCCGGCAUCAGGUGUACCUUUAGGUAUAUGGGCUUUCCGAUGAUUGACCAGCCGACGACAGACAUCAGCCGGUACUUCUACAUCGCCUCCAAGUUCAUCGAGAAUGGUAUCAACAGUGGAGGCAAAGUAUUGGUCCACUGCAUGAUGGGUAUGUCCCGGUCGGCAACCUGCGUCCUGGCGUACCUAAUGAUCGCUCGCAAAAUGACCGCCGCCGAAGCGAUCCGCACCGUGCGGAUGCAUCGGGACAUUCGUCCGAACGAGGGCUUCCUACAGCAGCUGGCCGAUCUUGACAACGAGCUGAAGCGCGACCGGUUGUACUAUUGACUCGAGUGUGGACAGCGCUUCAGAAAGAAAUAAUGCCGAUUAUAUUA